UACACAUCUCAGGUUUUCAUUCUUCUCCUAGGCUUACUUUUCUUUCGUAAUUAGUUUUAAUUCCAGCAAUGGGGAAUGCCUUGGGUUGCACGAAUACGGUUUCUUGCUUCACAAGAAAUCAUGAACAAAACAGCGUUAAUCCUGUUAAUUCAGCGCUAAUGGAUCUAUCUAUGUUGGUUUUAGGUCACAGAUUUGCUGGUGGUACAGACAGUACUGUAUGUCAUGGUUCGUAUCAAGAUUUACCAGUCGCGGUUAAAAUUAUUACCCCUCCGGAUAAAAGUUCAUCGUCAAGAAUACAGACCCAAUAUUACAGAGAAGUUGGCUUUUUAUCUCGUCUUCACCACCCUAAUGUUGUAAAACUCGUCGGCGGGUGCAAGAAUCGGUCUGAUUAUUACAUCGUUACGGAGUACUUACCCGAAGGUUCUUUAAGGGUUUUUCUUAACAAGUACAAGUCCAAUGGAUGCCAGUCUCUCUCGUUUAGAAAACUAUUAGGGUUUGCUCUGGAUAUAGCGCGCGGAAUGGAGUAUAUUCACUCGCAAGGAGUUAUUCAUCGCGAUUUGAAGCCGGAAAACGUGCUAAUUGAUCAAGAUUUGCACGCGAAGAUUGCGGAUUUUGGGUCAUCUUGUUUGGAGGCAGAUUGUAAUAAAUCAUCAUCGUCGGCUAGGGUUGAGAUUGCGGGGACUUACAGGUGGAUGGCGCCGGAGGUGAUAGAACAGAAAGGUGGCGGAACAAAGGCUGACGUGUACAGUUUUGGUCUAAUUCUAUGGCAAUUGGUAACCGGAAGAACUCCGUUUGAAGAUUUGGAAGGUUUUCAGGUUUUGUUUGCAGUAGUGAAUAAGGAUUUGAGACCUGUUAUUCCUGAAGAUUGCUGUCCUGCAUUGAGAGAUUUGAUUGAACGAUGCUGGUCUAAGAAACCUUGUAAGAGGCCGGAGUUUCGGUUGAUCGUCCAGGUUUUACAAGAAUUAGAAAGAGAAUUUGAUACUUGACGACAAGGAAUUGCAGACAGAGACUUUUUUAAAAAUUUGUUGCAUACUAGUAUUUACUUGUAUGAUUGUAUAGACAAUCUGUAAUUUUUUUAUACUUUAUGAAGAAUUUUCUGUUAU